AUGGGUUCUCAAUGGCCUGGGAUGGGCGCAGAACUUAUGAAUAUCCCAAUAUUUUCCGCAGCUAUUCAGCGCUGCCAAAAAGCACUCGAACCUAAAGGAAUAGAUAUCAUGCAAAUCAUAACGUCUACUGAUCCUGAUAUUUUCAAUAAUAUUCUAAACGCUUUCUUGGGUAUCGCGGCCAUUCAGAUCGGUUUGACAGAUGUCAUGUAUGCACUUGGUUUGGUUCCUGAUAAUAUCAUAGGACACAGUGUGGGCGAGCUCGGCUGCGCAUAUGCAGAUAGUUGUCUGACAGCAGAGGAAAUGAUUUUGGCAGCGUAUUCUCGUGGUCAAGCAUCCAUUGAGACUAAACUCAUCAAGGGUUCUAUGGCGGCCAUCGGGAUGGGAUACAAAAAAAUCUUACCUCUGUGUCCUCCAGAAGUAGACGUGGCGUGUCACAACGGACCGGACUCUAGCACUAUAUCCGGCCCAGCGGAUGUGACUGCUCAUUUCGUAGCCGAACUGUCAGCCAAAGGAAUAUUUGCUAAAACAGUUCCUUCUGCGAAUAUCGCGUAUCACUCUCGUUACAUAGCUGCUGCUGGCUCAAAUCUCUUACAAAUGCUGAAGAAGGUCAUAAAAAAUCCACGUCUUCGUAGUGAACGUUGGGUUUCCACGUCUGUUCCUCAAGAGGAUUGGAAUAAUGCAGCAGCCAAAUACUGUUCCCCUGAAUACCAAACUAAUAAUUUGUUGAACCCAGUUCUAUUCGAGGAAACAUCUCGACUGAUUCCAAAUAACGCCAUUCUCAUAGAAAUAGCUCCACGUGGACUGCUACAGGCCAUUCUGAAACGUUCUGUAUCAACUGAUUGCUUUAAUAUAUCGUUAACUAAAAGAGGACAUGGUAACGUCAUACAUUUACUUCAAACCAUUGGGAAGCUGUACAUAGAAGGAUGCACACCAGACAUCAAGGCUUUGUACCCAAAAGUAGAGUUACCAGUUUCAGCAGGGACUCCCAUGCUAUCACAAUUAGUUGAAUGGAUGCAUCUACAGGAAUGGUACGUUCCAAAGCCACAAAGUACUGAAAUAAUAACUUGUGCAGUCUGCGAACAUUUCAUAUCUGUGCAUGACAAAGAGCAUAGUUAUUUAAGAGGAAACAUUGCUCAAGGGAAAACGAUAUAUCCUAUUGGAGGAAUAUUACUUCUAGUUUGGGACACGUUAUGCAUGUCGAUGCUAUUGCCCAAAAAGAAGGUGUCGGUUAAAUUUAGCGACGUUCAUAUAGAAGUGCAACCAAUACUUUGCGAAGAAAAAAUAUUAAGACUGCGUGUAGCGAUCAACAAGGGAAAUGGACGAUUUGAGGUUACAAACGCUGGAUCCAAAGUUGCAAGUGGAAUUAUUUUUACUACAAGUAAAAAUAAGAUUGGCAAAAUGGAUCAUGCAGUUACUUCUAUGGAACUAAAUAAAAACGACGUAUAUCAAUUACUAUGGAAAAAAGGAUACUCUUUCAGCGAAGAAUUCCGUUUGAUAAAGAGUGCAAAUACGACUUUAUCUGAAGCCAUCGUAGAAUGGCGAGACAACUGGGUGACGCUGAUCGAGAAUAUGCUGCAAUUGAAUAUCUUAAAUCAGAACGAUAAUGGUGUUCCACUACCUGCUAAGAUCUCUGACGUUUUUCUUAAUAUUUUUGAACACGAAAAGCAAAUAUUUUCAAAAGAUAGUUCAUCCACAUUAAAAGUAAUUCGGUCUGAAGUAUAUGAUUCGACGGAAUGCGGGGGUGUGAUCCUUAAGGGUAUACGAUUUCGUCAAAUUCCUAGAAUUUCAUAUCCCACGAGUCUGUUGGUUCCAUCUAGCAAAGACGAAACUGAAUUGAUAAAGUUGAAAAUACAAACUUCCUCUUGUUCAAAUACGAUGCUUCUAAGCGCAGAACCUGGGAAUAUAAAUUCCAUUCAUUGGGCUCAAGUCUUUGAGCCAUCUGGAUCUGAAAUUCUUGUGAAGGUUCACUACGCAAGUCUUACUCCUAUAGAUGGUAAAAAGGCAACAGGAGCAGUAUCUCAUCAAGUGAACGAAAUCUGUUAUGGUAUGGAUUACAGCGGUGUUACUGAAAGUGGACAUCGUGUGAUGGGUAUAGUUCAUCGAGGUGCUUGUCGAAAUUAUCUUCGAGCUCACCCCGAUCUGUUGUGGCCAGUCCCGGAUCACUGGAGUCUCGAAGACGCAGCAACUGUUCCUUUAGCUUAUGCGUAUGCUUUUUACUGUCUAAUAAUUAAAGCAAAACUUUAUUCGGGUAUGAAAAUUUUAAUACACGAAGGAGCUGGAGCACUCGGCCAGGCUGCCAUAUCCAUUGCUCUGGCACACAAAUGUCAAGUGUUCACUACAGUUGGUGACGUGAGAAUGAAAAGUUUCUUGAAAAAGCUCUAUCCAGAAUUGAAAGAACAACACAUUGGGAAUUCUCGAGAUGUGACUUUUGGUGACAUGGUACUAUCAGCAACAAAUGGGAAAGGUUGCGAUGUUGUAAUAUGCAAUGUCGAACCCUGGCUCAAACAUGUUUCACUUCAAUGUUCUGGUGCUCUAGGCAUUGUUAUUGACACGGCACAAAUACAAAAUCAGCACAAGUUCGAAUUCCGUAUGAAAAAUUUAAUGAAAAGUAGAUCCUAUGUGAUUGUUGAUUUUGCAUCCAUUUUUGAUUCUGCGAAUAGGGAAGAAUUGAAAAAAUUACAGAUUCUCAUGAGUGAGGGCAUAUGUGAGGGCUACGUGCGACCACUAGUGCGAGUGACUUAUGCUGCAGAUGAAGCUCCACGAGCUCUACGCCUGUUAUCGAAGAGUUGGCAUCGAGGACAUGUGCUUUUAAGACUUACAGCUCGAGCGCUUCCAGCUAGCCUUAGGAUUAACUGUACUUCUAAAUGCAGCCAUUUAAUCAUCUUCAGCGACGAAUAUUUUGGUAUUCAGUUGGCAAAAAGGCUUAUCAAUAGAGGUGCCAGAAUGUUACAUAUCUGUUGUUCGAAGCCUUCGUGGUAUCUUCAACAUCAAACAGAAAAUCUCAAAUCUCUUGGAGUGAAUGUUAUCGUAUCUUCAAAUAACUUAAAUGAUUUGGAUGACGUUGCAACCGUGCUAAAGAAAACUAUAGCCAUGGGACCGGUAGAAGGCGUAUAUGUGACGAGCUUCAAAGAUAUGGACAAUAAAUACAUAUCAAAUAGCUUGGAAUAUCUUGAUGUUAUGUCACGAAAAUUUUGCCCAUCCCUCAAAUAUUUUGCAGUGAUCACAAAUAGUGAAAACUUCGGGAAAAAAAUGUCGAUUUUCAGAGCGAAGGAUAAUUUAGUUAUUUCACGUAUUGAAGUUCAAAAGCCAGAUUUUUGUGGGGAUACACAUACUGAAGUACUGUUAUACAGAAGAGCUUGGGAUCUAUCGCUAUUAGACGCAGUCGAGACUGGACUUUGCUCCAAGCUUCCAUUGUUGAUCGCACAAAUCAACACUGAGACGUCGCCGCUAUAUCAACAGCUUGCUGAUGUCGCUGAUCUUCCAUUAUUAAAAGAGGCUGGCGACAUGACCACUCUACAAGAUUUGGCUGCUGGAAGUGACAAUAUAAAAUUUAUUAAGGAAUUUUUACGUCUGAAAUAUCACGUUUGUAUUUCGGAACACAACGUUUUGAAGUUAAAUAAACAAAAACUUCGUGAGAUAGAUUUUCUUGAAAACAACUUUGAGCACAGACAAGGUUUGGCUGUUUACUUCUCUCACAUAGCUGAAGAUGAGCUCAGCUCCGAUACUCCUAUAUAUUUAUUGCCUACUCUCGGUAAUGCAAAUGCGGAAAAACAGGUCGAUGCACUGAAGUCUGAGUACUUGUGCGUUGUUCCUGGGAUUGAAGGUCAUCAUGUAAGAUUUCGUGGUCUCUGUGAGAGACUCAAACUGCCCGCGCUGGUGCUGCAGCCAAGUUUGAAUGUGUUGCACGAAACCAUAGAACAGGCUGCUCAAAGCUACUCUAAGAUACUCAUGGAAAAAAUUGGUGUCGGUAACAAUUUCUACUUGCUUGGGUGUGAUAUUGGAAUUUUGAUUGCGAUGGAACUAGCUGCAAUACUUGAGAGAAAUGGUUUUUUAGGCACCAUAUUUUGUCUCGGAACUACACCAGAAGACGUCAAGCCAGUAAUGGAACAACAACUAGGGGCGUUCUCAACAGAAGACCAACUGCAGCUUGGAAUUUUAAAACAUAUUUUUACGCUACUAACUGGUGAAGUACCAUCAGAUUUAGAUGAAACUCUGGACCCUCACUCUUCAUGGAAUGAAAAAAUUGACGCUUGUAUCAAAAUGAUGGCCGGUCGUAUAACACAAACAAAGCAAUAUGUGAAAGCGUUAAUAAAUUUCGUCUAUGAAAGAAUUCUUAGCAUCAAACAGUAUGAAUCCUCAUCUUUGCCAAUACUGAAGUCUAGAGUCGUGAUACUCCGCUCCCCAGGAUAUUCGUCAACUUCAUCUGCAUCAUCAUACGUAAUUGAAGAUAUAUCAGCACCACUUUGUGAUGCUGCAAAAGAUGUGCGAUGUGCAGCCGUCAUCAAUGACAAUUUGUCAACUGAAAUAUUGAAAGAAUUCAAAACGAAGAACCUAUGUGAUAUCUUUGUGAUAAAUUUUGACACAAGUACGUAA